UUCGUACAACGAUGCUGCUGUUGGUUCUUCGUGGUUUGUUCUUGAUGAGCACGCUGGCCCAAUCGGCAUCAGCCGGUGAAGCCGCCCCGGAUUGUCUCAAAAUUUCAGAAAGACUGGCCAUCCUAGAGGAACGCACCAACCUCCUGACUCAACCUCCCGUGAUCAACUCCUGCUCGGAAGCCCCCACAACCGGAACCUACCAGCUGCGACUACCCUUAAGCACCGUCUCCGUCCCCGUGGUCUGCGAGACAAACUCCUCGCUGUUUAGCAAUUUCGAGUCCGACACCGCUGGAGGUGCCUGGUUGGUGUUCCAGCAGCGCCUCGACGGCUCGGUCAACUUUGGCCGAAGUGGCUCGGAAUACCGGGGUGGGUUCGGAACGGUCGACCCCCGGUCCGAGUUCUGGCUUGGGCUGGAAGUGCUGCACCAGCUGACGGUGAACGCCCACUACGAGCUGGUGAUUGAGCUGCGGAACGAGGAAGGCCACUACGGUUACGCCCGGUACUCGCAGUUUGCGGUAGCCGGCGAAGCUGACCGGUACAAGCUGACCACGCUGGGGUCUUAUACGGGGACGAUCGGCAGUCGGUUGGUGGUCAGCCGGAACGAACCGUUCUACGCGCGGGAUGACGUCAACAGUGGAGAUGGAGCUUCGUCGUGUGGCUGGAACCAUGGCGGAGGUUGGUGGUAUUACGAAUGCCGACACAGCAUGCUCAAUGGGCCGUUCAAGAGGAAUGACUCCACCCGAAAGGGCAUCUUCUGGAAAGAGUUCGCCGACGCUGCCACGUACAGCCGGAUGAUGAUCCGCCGAAAGGUGCCGUCGAGAGGGUCGAAUCGGGACGACAGUCUGAACAAGGACAGCUAUUAUUGGUAGUGGGCUCAAAUUUU